AUGGUGACUCAGGAAGUGCCACCCAUGUCUAUAUGUCUCGAGGAAGCACUAGAUGAAUUCAUUACAUCCUAUAAGGAAGUACCCAACACUAGUGACGUGAAGAAGUCUGAAGUUUCUGGAGUCAUGCCUAAAGCUGAUAUCAAACCAAAAUCUGUGCAUCGUGCCAAAGAAUGGUCAGGUGAGGUAGAGAACUUAUACAGAUUUCAGCUAGCUGGCUACAGAGAUGAGACUGAAUAUAAACAAGUAAACCAAGUAGAUAUGGUAGAGCGUUGGCCAGAAACUGGGUUUGUUAAGAAACUUCAGAGAAGGGACAAUACAUUCUAUUACUACGAUAAGCAAAGAGAAUGUGAAGAUGAAAAAGUCCAUAAAGUAAAAAUUUAUGUAUAUUAGUUUUGCUAUUGUUCUGAUUUGUUUGUAUUGUUUUAUAAACCUGUUUAUUAGAAUCUGUAAGGAAAUAAGAUUUGUGUGAUCGGAUUUAUCUUAAAUAUUGAUGUCAUUGUUGACUGGAAGGGUGAAUACAAGAAAUACAGGGAAUCCUGGAACUAUAGCCAUAGGAAUUUCAUUUUUUUCAUGCUAUAGCCAGAAAGUCCUAUUAUCCCUCAUUUUCCUAGUUACACAUCUUUUGACAUAAAGAUAAAAAAUCUGGUAAAUGGGCAUCAUAUAUUUGUGUUAACUGUGUGUAAAGUCAACAAGUAGAGGCAUCAAUCUUUAUUCAGAAUGCUAUAAUCUUGUUGACGCUGCCUAAUGUCAGCCAUGGUCUUUUGAUAUAGCUAAAGGUUAUAAGACUGCAGCGGGCCAAAGAAAGGCCAAAAGGCUAACAUUCCCUUGGAGAAUAGCAAGAAUAACAAGCAGAGAAUUUAGUGAAGGACAACAAACAAUUGAGUAUCAUGGACCAGCACAAAGCUGCAGACUUAAAAACUAGUUGUUGUGAUACAUCAGUUACAAGAAAAAUAUCUGUCUGAGCAAUAGGUAAGGUAUGCCCAAGAUCUGUGAGCAUUAAUUACUUGAGGAGGAAUUAUUAAUUGACUUGGUAGCUUAUGCUUUUUUAAGGAGGGGGAAAAAAGAUAGGAUGUUUACAUAUGGUGGGAUCAGGCAGUAUAAAACUGUAGGGAGAACAUGAAAUCUAUUCUAUGUAAUAUAUAAGCUUAGGUAACUUAUGCAGAUGAUAUGUGGGAUUUCUGGGCAGAAUUCAUCUCAUCUAGCUUCAAAUGUCAUAUUGUCAACAUCUACACCUGAUCUUAUAAUUUGGACACCUUUUGUUCUGAGUGGAGAGAAGCUGGCUCUUCUGGGCAUAAUUAAUUUCUUCUAAAUGUAAAUAUGUAACAUUUGCUGUGAAGAUGUUGCUGUGACAUCAGCUCUGCAGAAUCUGUUGAUAUGUGUGCUCCUACUCUGAGACACCUGGUAAAGGCGAGAUAUCGUACUUCUCUUAUGCAGAAAUUCAAAUGAAAUGCAUUUAAGAUGCCAGAACUCUUCAGAUGACUGACCAAUAGAACAGUUAUCUAAACCAGUAGGUGUGUUCAUGGUAGUUGCACAAAAAUGUUAUUAAUACCUCCUGUCUGCAGAGUAAAGGGAUAUCUAAAUUAAGUUUUAGGCUUGGAUUAGCAGUGUACCCUUGACCAUCUGCUUUAUGGACGUUCUUCCUUCACUGGAACCUAAGAUGGUGGCCAGCUCAAAACGUGAAAUGGAGAACUUACAGCUUGAAGUCAAAAUAAGUAGUAUGGGUGCAAUAGACACGUGAUCUCAUUGGCGAUAAGUGACAAUUAUCCAGUCACCUUAUUUAGACUACUUGAAAUUUUUAGCUUAAAUUUAUAUCACCUCUGUUUGAGAAAUGACUGAAAGGUACUCAGGAGGUAUACUAGAUCAGGCUGCCCAAGGCUGCAUCCAACCUGGCCUUGAACACCUCCAGGGAUGGGGCAUCCACAGCUUCCCUGGGCAACAUGUGCCAGUGUCUCACCACUCUCAUAGUGAGGAAAUUCUUCCUAAUGUCUAGUCUAAAUCUGCCCCUCUCCAGUUUAUAGCCGUUCCCCCUCAUCCUAUCACCACAAGUCUUUAAGAGUAGCCCCUCUCCAGCUUUCUUGUAGCCCCUUCAGGUACUGGAAGGUCACUAUAAGAUCUCCUCUGAGCCUUCUCUUCUCCAGGCUGAAUAAGUCCAGCUCUCUCAGCCUGUCCUCAUAGGGAAGGUGCUCCAGCCUUCCGAUCAUCUUUGUAGCCCUCCUCUGGACCCUUUCCAACGGCUCCAUAUCCUUCUUAGGUUGAGUAUUCCAGAACUGGACACAGUAUUCCAGAUGGGGUCUCACAAGAGAGGAAUAAAGGGGCAGAAUCACUUCUGUCGCCCUGCUGGCCAUGCUUCUUUUGAUGCAGCCCAGAAUACGUUUGGCCUUCUGGGCUGCGAGCGCACAUUACUGGCUCAUGUCGAGCUUCUCAUCGACCAGCAAAAAUAUUUGGUAGAGCCAUUUUCUCAGUCUAUAAAAAAAAGACAGUGUUAGGUAUUCAAGAACAGGAAUUAAAAGUUUUUACAGCUUAACUUUUUUUUUUAAAAGAAAGGCUUUUAAAAAUUGAAACAAAUGUAAAAGAUUAUUCUGGGCUUCCCUCCUUUUGCCUGACUACAACUCAAUGAUUUUGCAAUAGUGCUUGUUGCUUUCUCUCUCAUAUUAUGUUUUAAAACAAUAAGUGUGCAUUUCAUAUUACUUGCUGGGGUUUCUUCUCAUUUCAAACAAGUAGCAUGGGAGUUCGUGUUCCACUUCUAAAUGCUGAUUUUGCGUGAGUUGGCAGAUUCUUCUCACUUUCAGAGAGUGAAUUACCUAGAUUUUAUUACUAACAUUUUUAUGCAUUGUCAAUGCACUAAAAGGUUGACUCUUUCUGUGAUAUUUAAAUGAUUAAUGGGGUGAAAAGGAAAGAAAGACCUUGUAAUUAGUGCUGGAGACCAGUUUACAGACACAGCCUUUGUCCGUAAUCAGCUGUAUCACAGCUGAUACUGUAUUUGGGAGUUAACUCACUUCACUGACAAAAAGGUGGGUUCUGUAUUGGCAGUAACAGUGUCAGUUACAAUUGUCCUUUGACAUCCAGUUUCUAUCCAUAUUUCACUCCAAUUCAUGCUAAACUUAAGGUUACUUAAAACUACCCUCUUUUUUUAAAGACUGUAGCUGUGUAAUGACCUUAGCUAUGAAGCCAAAGGGAUUCCGUGCUUUAAAAACAAAAAGGUACAGGGGUUCUUGCCUGAGUUCAAAUUUGUCUGUGAUCACAAGAUAACAUUAAUCUGGUGUAAGGAUGCUUACUUGAGUUAAUUCCUAGAAUCAUAGAAUGGUUUGGGUUGGAAGAGACCAUUAAAGCUCAUCUAGUCUAACCUCACUGCCAGGGACAAGGACAUCUUUCACUGGAUCAGGUUGCUCAAAGUCCCGUUCAACCUGGCCUUGAACACUUCUAGGGAUGGGGCAUCCACAGUUCCUCUGGACAACCUAUGCUGGCACCUUACCAUCCUCAACAUAAAGAAUUUCUUCUGUAUACUCAAUAUAAACCUGCGCUCUUUCAGUUUAAAACCAUUGCCCCUUCUCCUGUUAUGACAAACUCUGGUAAAAAGUCUCUCCAUUGUUGUUAUAGGCUCCGUUUAAGUACUGAAAGACUGCAAUAAAGCCUCCCCAGAGCCUUCUUUCCAAGCUGAACAACUCUCUCAGCCUUUCUGCAUAAGAGAGCUGUUCCAGCUCUCUGAUCAUCUUUGUGACCUCCUCUGGACCCGCUCCAACAGGUCCAUGUCUUCCCUGUGUGGAGGACUCCAGGGCUGGAUGCAGGACACCAGGUGUAGUUUCAUGCGAGUGGAGCAAAGGGGCAGAAUCACCUCCCUCAACCUGCUGUCCACACUUCUUUUGAUGGAGCCCAAGAUACAGCUGGUUUUCUGGACUGUCGAAUGCACAUUAUUGGCUGAUGUCCAGCCUUUCAUCCACUAGUACCUCGAAGUCCUUCCUGGCAGGGCUGCUCUCCAUUCAUCCCCCAGCCUGAAGCUGUGCUCGGAAUUGCCCCAAUCCAGGUGCAGGAUCCUGCACUUGCCCUUGUGGAACCUCAUGAGGCUCAUGUGGGUCUGCUCCUCCAGCCUGUCAAAAUUCUUAUAGAAGUGGCUUUCCUAUUCCACUGUGAAUACUAACCAGUUUUUCUCUGCUACCAUUAUGCUGGAUGUAUCUCUUUCAGUCAAAAAAAAAAACCCUCAAAAUAGUUUAAUGUGUCAGUAUUUUCUCUUAUUUGAUAAAUCUGUGAUUCAAAUGUCUUGUCUGUCACUCAGUUUUAAGCAAAUUGAAGACUCUUAGCUUACUGUAUCUUAAUGUAAGGUCACUAAGUUGUGAAAAAGUAUCAGAAGUAAGCAAUCUGGGGAAACUGUGCUUCAUUUUAGGGGUGACACAAUGGUUCAUAUCAAGAUAAGUAACUUAUUUCUGAAUACCAUUACAAAUACUUUUUUUUACUGAACUUCAGUAAAGAGAGAUAUAAUCACAUCUCUCCAUUUUAUUACCUAGAGAUGAAAAUGUGUGCUAUUUCGCUGAUUUGAGUCUUAGUAAAAAGUAAUUCUGUGAAAAUACUUUCCAAGGUACUUUUCUUAUCAGUUGGCAUUCCACUUAUCAGGGAAUACUGUAAUGCUUUCAGAGACCAUUUGCAGCAGCUCAACCAAUGGAUGGUGGCAAGGCUCUCUGUUAGCAAGGACAUACCAUUCUGAUGUACUUGGUCUAAUUCUAAUGCAUCUCACAGCUUUGUACAAGACAAAAAUAAAUGCUUUCUGUGCCUCUUGAAGCCUAUAAAAGGAGGUAAAACAAACUUUUCCAAGACCUACUUUUCAGGCUUUGUGUUUGACAGCUACUGGUGAAAUGGAAAGGGUGCAACCUCUCUGAAUUCAUCCAGUUACACUGGGGAAAUAAAGCUGCAUUUGUGUGUUCCAGGCUAGUUUUCUAUGUUUUCAGCCUUUACUUCAAUUCACUAUGGAACAGUGUUGUCUGGAAGUGAUACUAUGUUUACAUGAAUUCUUUGCAGUCACAGGAGCUCAAAGCACCACACAGAAAGAUGAAAAUGCUUGACCAGCUUCACAUUGUUUUAAGACAGGUUUGUAACUCAACAGCUGUUGACGUUGCUGUUCCUUACAUCAUCUAAUACAAAUGAAGGCCGUCUGAAAGCAGCUCAAAUGGAGCUGCAGACCUUGCAGGUUCUCUCCUAUUACCCUAGUUCCACUAUGUAUAUGUAGGAACUGCUCUCUUAGGGGGCUGCCUUGUUAUCAAGUUGUCAUUCCUUAAUAAAACACAUUUCUUUUCUUGUUAGAGUUAAGACUUUGCAUUUGCUUCAAGUCUGAAGCCCAGCACAUUCGCAAACAGCUUUUGGGAGGGGAACUGAUAGCUGUGUGCUAGGGACUGGCACACGAUAGACAGUGAGAUGAAACAGAGAAGGUAAUUAAGAAUGAGAUUAAAACCAGGCUGCAAGGAUCAGGGGCAGGGUUCAGUCAGACGAACAUCCUGGCUGACAGCCUGCUCACACCUCUGACCCCUCCAUCCUCCCUCCUCCCCAUCUUCCCAUACUUGUUCCACCCUGAUCCUUCCCUUUCUGUAUCUGUGGUCCUUUCCCAUUACAUCCCAUAUUAAUUGUUGUGCAGUCCCCCAAGGCAACUCUGAUUUUGCUUAACACUGAUAAGCACCAAGUUUCCUCCUUCUUAUCAGUUACAAAAUCAAGGGAGACCUUCUCCAUUCUUUAAUGACCCAUCAUUCAGUGUCUGGUGCGCUCUACCCACUGCUAUUAUCUCUGUCAUCACCCACUCAUUAAUGUUUGUGGGUCUGUGUGUUUCAUUUAGUGUUUUUCUCAUUAUUUGUUAUUUCUGUGGCACAGAACCAUCUUUAACCAAACACGGUACUGAACCAGAUGCACUCAUAUUUCGGUUGUGCUCACAUCAACCUC